GUCGCGGGGCGCGGCCGCCGGAGGGAAGAGCCGAGAGGGCGGGCGCCUGCUCCCCGCCGCCCGCGUGGUGCCCCGCCUCCCCGCGUCCGAGCGCCCGGCCGUCGAGCGGAGUUCCCGGCUCCCGCCGCCCGCCAUGCCCGCCGCCGCGCCCACCCCGCGGCCGCCGCCGCCCCCGGCCCGGCCCGCCCCCGCCUGCCCCGCGCGGCCCGCCCCGGGACAGAGAAGCCUGUGCGACCAUUCUCUAAGAUAUUUAAGCUCUAGAAUCACAGAGCGGAGACUGCAGGCCUCGUGGCUGCCUGCUGGCCGAGGGACUCUGGAGAAGCCAUUGCUGGGGCCUCACGGCUCCGUCAUGCCCAUUUUCAGCCCUCAGAAUGGCCUUCACUCCUUCCAUGCUGACAGCAGCCCGCUGAAGCCCAGGGUGGUGACUGUGGUGAAGCUAGGCAACCAUCCUCUCCGAAAGAUCACUCUGCUUCUCAACAAGAGGUCCGUGCAGACCUUUGAGCAGCUCCUGGCAGACAUCUCAGAGGCCUUGGGCUUUCCAAGAUGGAAGAAUGAUCGUGUAAGGAAACUGUUUAACCUCAAGGGUAGGGAGAUCAGGAGUGUGUCUGAUUUCUUCAGGGAAGGGGAUGCUUUCAUAGCCACGGGCAAAGAACCAUUGACCUUAAAGAACAUCCAGGUGGCUAUAGAAGAAUUGUACCCCAACAAAACCCGGACCCUGACUUUGAAUCAGCACAGCCGGGCCCCUUCUCCAAGGAUGAGAAGCAGGAUCUGUAGCAGAGCUCUGAAAGGGGGUCACCACUGUGGAGAGACUGAGGCAACCAAGAGCUGCAGUGAGGCUGCCGGGCCCAAGGCAGCCGUCAGACAUCUGGGGAAGAGCCCUGUGGAGCUGGCACUAGAGGACAGGGUGAAGGCCCCGAAGAAGUGGGUGAGGGGCAAAUGGGAGCCUGAAUCUGGUAGCAAGCUGCCCCGGGAGGCCACUCUGGAUGAAAGACAUGGCGGUGGUGAGAGGCACCUGAGUGUGGAGAUUGAAAAGACCUCGGGUGAAAUCAUCAGAUGUGAGAAAUGCAAGAGAGAGAGAGAGUUGCAGCAGAACCUGCAAAGGGAGAGGCUCUCUCUGGGGACCAGUGAACUGGACAUGGGGAAAUGCCAGAGGUAUGAUGUGGAGAAACUGGUGAGGACCAAGAGUUGCAGAAGGUCCCCAGAGGCAAACCCUCCAGGUGGGGAAGAAGGGCCAAAGGGUGACUGUCACAGGAGCAGUGCUAGGAACCCCACUCAGGAGCUGAGGAAAUCCAGCAAGAAUAUAGACAAAGACAAGAAAGAGGGUAGAGAGCUGGAGGGUCAGGACAGCCAUUCUCAAGCAGCAGCCAGGACCAAGAAGGAGCUGGUGGAAGGUCAGCCCGUCAGAGAUGAAGGGCCAAGGGAAGGGAAAAAAGACACCAGGCACUCUGGCAAGAAUAAACAUGGCGCCUGGCUUCUGAGAGAGCAGCAGGCCAACUCUGAGAAGCUUCCGAGGACCCGAGGGGAAGAGCAAGAGGCAGAGAAGGAGAAGAAGUCAUGUGCAUCAGGAGGGAGAAAGAUGGCUCCUAGAGAUGACCAACCUGUGAGGGUGGAAAAGGAUCCCAAGACCAGGCCAGAGGAGAACAAAGCAGAGAGGCCCAGUGGGCGGAAGGCGCGCCCUGCUGGCAUUAUCGCAGCUGAUGUGGAAAAGCAUUAUGACACCGGCAGGGUCAUUGGGGACGGGAACUUUGCUGUCGUGAAGGAGUGCAGGCACCGGGAAAGCAAGCAGGCUUACGCCAUGAAGAUUAUUGACAAGUCUAAACUCAAGGGUAAGGAGGACAUUGUUGACAGUGAGAUCUUAAUUAUCCAGAGUCUGUCUCAUCCCAACAUAGUGAAACUGCAUGAAGUGUACGAAACAGAAAAGGAAAUCUACCUGAUCAUGGAGUAUGUGCAGGGUGGGGACCUUUUCGAUGCCAUCAUAGAAAAUGUUAAGUUCCCGGAGCGCGAUGCUGCUCUCAUGCUCAUGGAUUUGUGCAAGGCACUCGUACACAUGCAUGACAAGAACAUUGUCCACCGGGACCUCAAGCCAGAAAACCUACUGGUUCAGCGAAAUGAGGAUAAAUCGACCACCUUGAAACUGGCUGAUUUUGGCCUUGCAAAACAUGUGGUGAGACCUAUAUUUACUGUGUGUGGAACUCCAACUUAUGUAGCUCCCGAAAUUCUUUCAGAGAAAGGUUACGGACUGGAAGUGGACAUGUGGGCUGCGGGUGUGAUCCUUUACAUUCUCCUGUGUGGCUUUCCUCCCUUCCGCAGCCCGGAGAGGGACCAGGACGAGCUCUUUAACAUCAUCCAGCUGGGCCGCUUUGAGUUCCUGGCCCCUUACUGGGACAGUAUCUCUGACGCUGCCAAAGAUCUGGUGAGCCGGUUGUUGGUGGUAGAUCCCAAAAAACGCUACACAGCCCAUCAAGUUCUUCAGCACCCCUGGAUCGAAACUGCUGGGAAGACCAGUAAAGGGAAUCUCCAAAAGGAGGUGGCCUCCAGCAGUGAGGGCCACUUCCGGAACCAAAACAACUGAGCUGCCAAGUCUUAGUCACCACUUCCUACCUGCUCAGCCCUCCCCCUUUGGCCCAAGGACAGAGAAAAGGCUGGACAUCUCAGGAAUCCAGCAGAAAGGAUUUUGCCACACAGCUGGAGAAUCAGGAGAUAGAAACACUUGGUAUAUUUUGAAAAAAGGUGGUAACAUCUUUUAGAUAUGCAUACUUGGAGCCUUUGACGUGAUUUGGAGGGGAAGAUUUGCCAUCAGUGAGAAUCUUUUUCUGUAAUCAUGAUGUGUCUUGCUUCCUGUUUGUCAUUGAGUUCACUGUACCCUACAUGGUAGCCCUGGGCUAACUUUGGCUAAAAGAGGGACUUAACUCCUGACCUGUGAGGAAAAGGUGAAUCAUGGUCUUGCUGCAUUAAUAAAGUGUGCUCUGAACGACUGAA